AUGGGCUGCAACAUCAGACAUCAACUCCUGGUUACUCAACGUUCUUUACGGUGCAACCUCUACAUGUUUUCAUCUGCCAAGGCGAGUUGGAGUGCGCCUACAAGCUGCUUCGGCGACAAGACUUGGGCAUAUCCGAGCGGCGGCUUUUGGAUGCCAUUCGAGAGCCACAUUCGGCAUAGCCACAACGCCGUCGUGUGUGGCGGCAUGACGCACUGGCUCGCCGCGUACCAGCCAGUUGGGGGCCCAAGAAAGUAUCACACCUUCAACGUCAGUGUCGACACAGGUCACGUCUCCUUGACAGAGGUCUCCAUCCCACUCGUCAAAGGCCUUUAUGGCUGGCCAAUACUUUGCGUCGGAGUGGAGGGGACACUCCUGUUGUUUAACGUACACAAUAAAGCUAGCGUCCCGUGCCUAGAUAUCUGGACACGCCGGGCAGGCAGCGACGCAGAGAGUGAAACCUUUUGGCUCCAUGUUGGGGUGUUUGACCUAAAAUCUCCCAAGGAGAAGUGGUGUGCUGAGAAGAUCCGUGUGUGGCUGGGAAAAAAGAGUGGUACACUGUUUAUCUUAGACAAGUCGUGCCACGCUCACAAGCUUGAUACCGAAACAGGAGCGAUGGAGGAUGUAACUGGGCUAUUUCGAGACAGCUUGUGUAUCAAUGCCGUGCCUAUUGAGAUUGACUGGCCGACAUUGUUCCUAUCUCGGCUUGCUUAG